AUGAUUGACGGAUCCACAGCAUGGCCACCAACCACUCCGUUCAGUCACACUGUACUGUACCUGUGUGUCUACAUAUUCACCUUUGUGACGGGGUUUCCGGCCAAUGUGCUUGCCUUCUACACGUUCUGCGUGAAGGUGAGGCAGAAACCCACACCCAUUGACAUCCUGCUCCUCAACCUGACCAUCUCGGACCUCCUCUUUCUCCUUUUCUUGCCGUUCAGGAUGAACGAGGUGCUGAACAACAUGACAUGGGCCUUGCCCUAUGCUCUCUGUCCGCUCUCCAGCUUCUUCUUCUACAUGACCAUCUACAACAGCACUUUCUUCCUCACUGCCAUCAGUGUGGAGCGCUACCUAGGCGUGGCCUUCCCCAUCCAGCACUCGCUCAAGCGCCGGCCAAUAUACGCUGUGGCUGCAAGCAUUUGCUUCUGGAUCAUCUCUUUCAUCCACCUGAGCAUUGUUAUCAUCAUCCCCAUCAUCGGCUCUAAGAGCUCCAACUCAUCAAAUAGCACACAUAAUGUGGGUGAACAUAAAUCAGUGGAACCUGCCGUGUGCUAUAACAAUUUCACGCCAUACCAGCUGACGGUCCUUCUGCCAGUGCGUCUGGAGCUCUGCCUGGUGCUGUUCUGCAUCCCAUUCCUGAUAUGCAGCUUCUGCUACAUCAAAUUUAUCUGGAUCCUCUCAAGGCUGCAACGUAUUGGACGGCGCCGGCGUCUCCGGGCCAUCGGCAUGGCCCUUGGCACACUGCUGGUAUUUGCGGUGUGUUUCGGCCCAUACAACAUCUCACACAUCGUGGGGUACGCCAAAUGGGAAAACCCUUCCUGGAGAGCCAAGGCCCUGCUGUGCAGCACUUUCAACGCUUGCCUGGACCCUCUCAUUUUCUACUGGUCCUCAUCUGCCGUGAGAGGUGCCGUUAAUAACGUGAUGGGGGCUAUCAAGCGCCGGCUGAACAGGUGCAUGUCUUAUCACACAUUCUGGUUCCUGUGUAAAGGGGUUGACAAGACGGCAAAAGAUAAGGCACCCAAACAAGAGGAGAGCAACACUGUCUGA